AUGUCUGCGCAGCAGGACGAGGCGUGGUUUGCGGCAAUAGAGCACGGUGACAUUGAGACCGUGCGUUCAUAUGCUGCUGCUAUGUCCAAAGUCACCGACGAGCAGGGCGUCACGUCUCUGAUGAAGGCUGCUACAAAAGGCAAUGUUACUAUCAUUCAGCUUUUACUUUCUGAUGGGGUCAAGCGAAGAGACAGAUGGGGACGCACCGCGCUCAUGUUCGCCGCCAUGAGUGGCUGUGCUGUCGCAGUGGAGAUUCUCAUUCCACACGAAGCUACACUCACUGAUAGCGACGGCAUGACAGGGUUAAUGUAUGCAGCCUUUCACGGUAACACAGAUAUUGUCCGCUUGCUCCUGCCCCACGAGCGUGGAUAUGCGACGCGUCACGAAUCAGUCUUGCAGCUAGGCACCCAGACCUAUGAAAUAGGCGUCUCUGUCACAGCACUAAUGAUUUCUGUGCUUACAAAGCACGCGGAAUGUGUUGAACUUCUCGUCGAUAGUGAGGCAGGAAAAGUAGAUUGUAAAGGCGAAACGGCACUGUACAAGGCUGUUGCAUCUAACUUCCUGCCCGCUGUCAAGGUUCUUGCAGUCUUAGAGGCUGAACAUAGAACGAUAAGCGGCCAGUCGCCUAUCUACUUGGCUGUGAAGACAGGUUUUCUGGAUGCUAUAGAGUGUCUAGUAACAUAUGAAGACGAUGAUAAGCGAUACGGAAACGCUAAGGAGACCGUCCUGAUGGCUGCUGUUGCUCAAAGAGACGCUCGAGCUGUGUCUAUACUUGCCCCAACCUUGCACUCGGAGUUUUCUAAAGAAGGGAUGACUGCGCUUAUUCUUGCGGCACAGGACAACUUGGUAGAAAUAUGUAGCAUACUUAUUUCAUACGAAUUUGGACUGACAACUCACCACGGUAAAAAGACGGCGUUAAUGUUUGCAGCAGAGCUGGGAAACGUGGAAUGUGUUCGAUUGCUCGCCAAUAAGGAGGCUGGCAUGCGCACAGAUGCUGGUGAGACGGCUCUCAUGCUUGCCGCUCGAAGAGGCCAGCUUGAGUGUGUGGCCGAACUUAUACCUUAUGAAAAGUGUGCCGUUAGCAAGAACUAUCACACUGCGCUUAUGCUGGCGGUUAUGAAUGACCACAUCUCUUUAGCUUCGCUUUUAGUCGAGCACGAGCAACGGAUCCAGAACGAGAAAGGACAGACGUCGCUCAUGCUUGCAGUACUCCGCCGGAACGCACCGCUUGUCACUGUACUUGCACCCUAUGAGGCCGGGGUCUUCGAUGCACAGCAUCAAACGGCCCUCAUCUUGGCAACAAUAGACAAUGAAUACGACUUGGUUGAGAUCCUUGUCAACUACGAAGCAUGCUUAGCAGACUGUGACGCCAGAACGUCUCUGAUGCUGGCUGCCGAGAAAAACUAUAUGAGUCUUAUUCCUCUCCUCUGUGAGAAGGAGUUCGGAAGGCUAGAUCGCUUCGGAAGAAGUGCUCUAUUCAUAGCAGCACAGAAUGGUAAUGCUCACAUUGUCAAGGAGCUGGUCUGUAAAGAAAAGAAGAUGAUUACGACCCGCAGGUUCCGUGUCGAGCACAAUACACAAAUAUACAUUGAGUUGGGCUCCACUGCUCUCAUAUAUGCCACUCUAUAUGAUAAGUUAGAAAUAGUCCAGCUUCUUGCAGCCCACGAGUCAGGACUGCUUGACAAUACAGGUCACUGUGCGCUGCACUAUGCCAUCCGUAGAAAGAAUGCAGAUCUCACCAGAAUAUUGCUUCAAUAUGAGCACUACAUUACUGAUAAAGAUGGGAACACGCCGCUAAUGCUUCUAAUAAAAGCUGGCAUGGACCAGUUCAUACCAGGGUUAGUACAGAGGUUAUUAGGAGAAAGCUCUCAAGACACAAGCUCUAUUAUUGCCCAAAAUAACAAUGGAGACACUGCACUCUCUAUCGCCUUGAUACAUAAGUCCUACUUAGCCGUGUGUGCAUUGUAUAGCAACCCGCAGUUAUCUUUUCAAUUCUACGAUAAUACCGGAGCUUCACUUCUUGAGCAGUGCGAGGCCGUCGGAGAUGACCCCAUGAUGCAAGUAUUUUUGACAUACUUUGUUGCAAGGCUGGCGUUUUCAUCUGAUCUAGUGAGCACGUUUUACCACGGGCUAUCAUCUGCUCUGCUAAAUGAAUAUAGUGAUGCUGAGGAUUGCAACUUCAUCCUGCAUUUUCUUGAUUGUGUUUUCAAUUAUAUUUUUAUCAACGACCCUACUUGUGUCCAUCUCCACAAUCCGCUGAGCUCUCCAGGCUUCGAGGAAAUAUCAACUAUGAUAAGCGAGCAGAUAGACCUGCAAGAAGGGGCGUGUAAUAUAUGUUACAGUGAUCUGGCAGUAGUGCUCUGCUUCCCAUGCAAGCAUGUGGUAACCUGCAAAUCUUGUUGGAAGCAGCUUAAUAAUACACGACACAAGCGAGACGCCCUGCGCUGUCCUGUGUGCCGCGAGGCUAUAAGCCACAAUAUAGUUCUCACCCAACUGGAUGACUGUAUCCUAUCCCAGAAGGGCAAGCAUGGUACAGGCUCCUUGAGUCUCCAGAGCGCGACAGAGCUAGUCUCCAAAAGAUCGUUAGCUGCACAGAUAGGACCAGGUGAGGAUGGCGGGAACUCUAGUGCACUAACGUACCAGUUGAUACCGACCUAUGCAUCUGUCUCCGGUGUUCCCUCGGGCCAGAUCAUAUGCCGGAAUGUCUUACAAUACGCAGAGUCUUUUGCUGAGAUAGACGAGAGUAGUGAGGUUCCAGAGUUGGCAGACAUGUACGAGAAUGGGGAAGGUACAGCAUGGAAUGAAGACAUUGAUAAUAUUGAAGUAGAAGCGUUCUACAAGUAA